GCUGCCGGGAAGGCUCCGCCCCCUCCUCGGCCGACCAGCGCCCGUCCCGUCAGGCGCCGCGCGGGUUUAACGCCGGGUCGGUGGGUCAGGCGCGAGGCGGUUCCCCUGCUCUGCGGUUCGGGGGUCCGGCCGGACGGUCGCAGGGCAGGAUGUACACGCUGCUGUCGGGCCUAUACAAGUACAUGUUCCAGAAGGACGAGUACUGCGUCCUGAUCCUGGGUCUGGACAACGCCGGGAAGACGACCUUCUUGGAGCAGUCAAAGACCCGAUUCAACAAGAACUACAAGGGGAUGAGUCUGUCCAAAAUCACUACCACCGUGGGCCUAAACAUCGGCACUGUGGACGUGGGAAAGGCCCGCCUGAUGUUCUGGGACUUGGGGGGGCAGGAGGAGCUGCAGUCUCUGUGGGACAAGUACUAUGCAGAGUGUCAUGGCGUCAUCUAUGUCAUCGACUCCACAGACGAGGAGCGGCUGUCUGAGUCCAAACAGGCGUUUGAGAAGAUGGUCACAAGCGAGGCGCUGGACGGUGUCCCCAUCCUGGUGCUGGCCAAUAAGCAGGAUGUUGAGCUCUGGAACUGCUCUGGGGGUAGAGGGUGGACAGGGUGGCAGGCCUACCCCUUAUGGCCUCACCUCCCCCAGACUUGCCUCUCCAUCCCUGACAUCAAGACUGCGUUCAGCGACUGUGCCUCCAAGAUCGGCAGGCGGGACUGCCUGACCCAGGCCUGCUCGGCCCUCACAGGCAAGGGGGUGCGCGAGGGCAUCGAGUGGAUGGUGAAGUGCGUCGUGCGGAAUGUGCACCGGCCGCCACGGCAACGGGACAUCACGUAGGCACACCUGCCUGUGUGCCCACCUCUUGUCCUGAAGAGUUCCUGCCCGCUCCACACCACCAAUCCUGGGGGCUGGGUCGGCUUUGCCUUUUGGUUGUCCCAUUUGCUUUGUUUCUUCUCUAAGACAAAUUUUUCUGUGUCCAGAAAAGCGGAGGCUUCUGCUAGGGGUGCUGGGGCCUUAGGGAUGCCAGCUUACCGCCAGCAGAACUUAUGGCCAUAACAGGCCUAGACCUGCCCGAGUCCCAGUCUGGGGCCCCCGCGGGCCACCUCUCCUUUUGGAGCUGCUGCCCCAGCAGGCCUGCCGGUUUGGCCCUGCAUGGGGCCUUGAUGGGGAGCUGCUUGGAAAUAGGUGUUUCAGAGCUGUGGGGCCCUCCAUAGUGCUCAAGGCUGCUCUGUGUGUCAUGCCCAUGGAGGCAGCUAUGACUGUCCUUGGCCUCUGUCCCCUCUGAUCUUGGACUCAGGUGGGGGGGUUGCUGUCCCUGUCCUGAUGCAGCUUCAGGAGGAGGCAGGGAGACCUGCCUGGGAGGUUGUGAGCCCCACCCACUGACCCAGCCACCUUGUUUUGAUCUCCAGGGAAAAUGGGAAAGCUAGGUGGUUGUGCUGGGAGUGGGCAUCUGUCCCCCCCCACCCUCAGCCUGCCUGCCACCCACCCAGAAUAACCUAGAGAUGAGCUUGGGGUGUGAGGAAGGCCAGCAGGGUCCCAAGGAGCCCAGGCUAGUAGUGUGCUGGGCCUGUGCUAGCUGGGGGUGAAGGCCGGGGUUGCUCUCAGGUCUGGGCCCUUUCCAGUCCUGUGUCCAGGAGCAGAGGCCCUCCAGGCAAGGCUGGUCCUCAGGACCCUCCCACAUGGCCCUUGUGGAAGCCGGUGACACCCCAUGAGCCUAGCCAUGGGCAAAAUAAAGAGUCGGAGUGGCUCCCAUCCAUCCUUC